AUGAAUGUGAAUAUCUUUCAUCAUGAUGAUGUCAAACGCACUGUGAGUGUUACGCGUAGUGUCCUAAACCUGAUUGGCGUAUGGCCGUUGCCUGACAAUUCGUCUACUCUCAGAAUUAUCCAGACAAAGAUGAUCAGGAUUCUUUCUCAGGCCCUACUCUACUUCAUUAUUGUGCCGAGUGUACUUAAGAUGUUUCUCAAGGAAUCAAAUGCGCGUCGGCGCAUGAAGAUGAUUGGUCCAAUAUGCAGCUGCUCGAUGGCGGUGCUAAAACAUACAUUGUUAAUUUAUCGAAAUGAUCAAAUCAAAGAUUGCAUCGAGCACAUCGAGAAAGACUGGAGCAAAGCGAGUCUGAUAGGAGAUCGCAAAAUCAUGAUAAACAAUUCGAAAAUCGGACGCAGCCUUGCGAUCAUCUGCGUAGCCUUCGUAUACGGUAGCGGAUUUUCGUUUCGCACAAUCAUGCCAUUAUCUCGCGGAGUCAUCGUCACACCGCAAAACGUGACAAUCAGACCGAUGGGAUUCGAUGGUUAUUAUGUAUUCGUCGAUUCACAGAAGACGCCAGCUUACGAGAUUAUCUUUUCACUCCAGUUUCUCUCCGGAUUUGUGCACUCGGCAACCAGCGGAGCCUAUAGUUUGGCAAUUCUUCUGGUGUUGCAUGCCUGUGGUCAAUUAAAAAUUCUCAUGACUAGAAUGGAAGAUCUCACGGAGGCUAAGUACUUCUCUGAUAAAUAUGCCAACGAGAAAUUGGCAGCUGUCGUGAAACAGCAUAUCAGAAUAAAGAGUUUUCUAAGCAAGGUAGAAGAAAUUUUGCAAUAUAUAUGUUUGGUGGAAGUAGUCGGGUGCACGUUCAUUUUGUGUCUUCUUGGAUAUUAUAUAAUAAUGGAGUGGGAAAGUAAUGAUGCAGUAUCUAUACUAAUAUAUGCUAUGCUUUUUUUAACAUUUAUUUUUAACAUCUUCGUACUAUGUUUCGUCGGUGAGAUUCUCAUGGAUCAGAGCACGAAGAUGUAUAUCACUUUUUGUACUUUCGAUUGGUAUCGAAUUCCACACAAAACUGCUCGCGGUCUCGUUUUGAUAAUCUCGAUGUCUAGCAUUCCCAGUAAAAUCACUGCGGGAAAGUUUAUGGAUCUAUCUUUAAAUAGUUUCAGUGCUAUUAUGCGAACAUCUGUGGCGUAUCUGAAUAUAUUACGCACAAUCAGUAUUUAA